GACGACGUCACGGACAGGGUCCCGCCCUGCAGCCCCGCCCCAGCCCCGGCGGGGACCGCGGAGCGGUGUCAGCAGGCCGGCGGGCGGCUCGCGCCGCGGAGGAGGUGGCUUCUCACUAGGGAUGGUGGAGUUGGAUGCAGACUCCUUCAGUCCUCCUCCAGGAUGAACCACCGUCCAGAAGACAUGGAGAACACUCUGACGGGGAGCCAGAGCUCACACGCUUCUCUGCGAGACAUCCACUCCAUCAACCCUGCGCAGCUCAUGGCCAGGAUUGAGUCCUAUGAAGGAAGGGAAAAGAAAGGCAUUUCUGAUGUCAGGAGGACUUUUUGUCUCUUUGUCACCUUUGACCUCUUAUUUGUAACGUUACUGUGGAUAAUAGAGUUAAAUGUGAAUGGAGGCAUCGAGAACACCCUGAAGAAGGAAGUGAUUCACUAUGACUACUAUUCCUCUUACUUUGAUAUCUUUCUAUUGGCAGUUUUUCGAUUCAAAGUGCUGAUCCUUGGGUAUGCUGUAUGCAGAUUGCGCCAUUGGUGGGCAAUAGCGUUGACAACAGCAGUGACCAGUGCCUUUCUAUUAGCAAAAGUGAUCCUCUCAAAGCUUUUCUCUCAAGGGGCAUUUGGCUAUGUGUUGCCCAUCAUUUCAUUCAUCCUCGCCUGGAUUGAGACGUGGUUCCUGGAUUUCAAAGUGUUACCUCAAGAGGCAGAAGAAGAAAACAGACUCCUGCUCGUUCAGGAUGCGUCCGAGAGGGCAGCUCUCAUCCCUGCAGGGCUCUCUGAUGGUCAGUUUUACUCCCCUCCUGAGUCUGAAGCAGGAUCUGAAGAAGAAGCUGAGGAAAAACAGGACAGUGAGAAACCACUUUUAGAACUAUGAGUUCUGCUCUGUGAAUGUGAAGAACCUCACGGCGCGUCAUCCAAGGAAGAUAGCUGAGGUGGUGGACCUGCUCACUGCUGGAUGCUGAGGAGCUAGUGAGUUUCUUUAUGGUGAUACCUCAUGGACAUCGCUCCACCUCCACUCACAUCCUCCCUGCCUGCGGCCACUGGGCCAUGCUCUGCUCCUUCCUCCAGUCUGUGAGCUUCCGUCUGACCUGAUAAUGAGUAACUCGGUCUUGUGCUGCAUCUGAAUCAAAAGACUGCUUAAUAUAUUGAAAUAACAAUUUUGUAGUGAGUGAUGUACCUUUUGGUUUCAAUUCUCAGAAUGUCAGAAUGUAUUUUGUUUUUGUCUCAUGUCUCAGAUUUCUUUUGUAUUUCUUUUUUAACUCCUUACAUUUCACUUGUGUUUUUAAACUCAUGCACAUGUGCUCUUUAUACAGUUUUAAAAUAAUAAAUCCAACGUAUCAAAAUGA